AUGUACUCGGAAAAGACAGCGCAUCGGGGCCUGGCUGGGUCAUCCCAGCCGUCGGUCCGGUCAUUCACAACACCGACAAGCUCGCGCUGGGCCGCCAUCAACACACGAAAUGCUCUGAACCCACCCAGUGCAUACAAUCCACCGAGCACGCUGCAGGGGCGAGGUACUGGCAGCGGCGUUGGCAGCGGCCGCGCAUCCGGCACCAUCAGCCGUCCAGGUGGUACUGACCAGCGCCCGCCCUUCCCUAUCGGCCCGGAUGAGAAUCGUGGUGUUGUGUGCGCUGUCUGCGACUCCAACAAUGUCAACCGCGCUGUCGGGCUCGCGUUUGUCAACGUCCCCAUUGCCGAGGCAGUGCUCACUACCGUGGCUGAUACACAGUACUACCAAGGAACUAUCCACAAAAUCCAAAUGAUGGAAGUCUCUCGCAUUCUGAUGCAGCCGACGCAGGCGUCCUCCGUCCAGUCGGGACUGGCUUUGCGGCCACACAUUGAAGAAGAGCUGCGUGGCCUGCCUAUUGUCGAGAGGGCCAAACCUGCCUGGUCUGCUGACGACGGGAUGCUCGCUCUCCAGCGGGUGGCCUUUACUGAAGAUCUUCCUUCUCUCGAAGUUGCUGUCAAGGACAACUUCCACCUGCUUUGCGCCUUUUCAGCGGCGAUGAAAUUUCUCACGGACGACAUGGGAAUCGACUUUGAUGACCACUCUGUGCGCAUCAAAUACCAGCCUCCUAGUGAUGCCAUGAUGAUAAGUCUGCCAACGAUUCGGUCCCUGGAACUAAUCCAGAAUGCCAUCAAUAGCCGCUCAAAAGACUGCCUGUAUGGCCUCCUGAACCGUACGACGACGCCAAUGGGGUCGCGAGUCCUACGAAGUAACAUUCUGCAGCCAUCAACACUUGCAGCCGUUCUAAACCCGCGUUACGAGGCUGUGGGAGAGCUGGCGCACAAGGACGGUCUGCUUGACAAAGUUGUAGAAGACGGCUCCAUAUACGAAUCUGAGCAGGCGAUCAACAACAUCCUCAAGCUCAAGGCAUUCUUGACAGCCAUACCCCAAGUCUUCGAGUCUCUCUCCGACGUCUCAUGCGAUCUACUGCUGGAAAUACGCAGCAAUUGUCUUCCAGCUCGAGCAGACAGAAUCCUGGGGAUUAUUGGGGACACAAUCGACCGGGACGCCGCAUAUGCUACCAAGCCACUGGAGUUACGAAACCAAAGGGUUCAUACAGUCAAGCCUGAGAUCUCGGUCAGUCUUGACAUUCAAAGAAAACUCUAUGAAGACUUUAGCAGAAAGAUUCACGAUUACGUGAAUGAUCUGGAGGACGAGAUUCGUGUCAAAGUUGCGCUCAAAUACACAGCUACAAGAAAAUUCUACCUUAAAGUCAACGCAAAGGACUUUGGCCCGCAAGGUCCACCGCCUGUGUUGGUGAAUACCAAACCGGUCAAGGGUGCUAUCGAGUGUCAGACACUGAAGCUCAUAGGUUACAAUGAGCGCAUAAACGAGGCUGUUCAUAGAGCCAUAGUCGAGAGUGACGAGGUCAUCAAAAGCCUGCUCUCCCAGAUCCGACCGCGAGUCUCAACGCUCUUCAAAUACUGCGAAUGCAUUGCGCUUCUCGACCUCCUGGCUUCCUUCGCGACGUCCACUAGGACGUACACAUACAAGCGGCCAUUGAUUCACACCGAUUCAUACGCUCUUGUUGGUGGUCGGCAUCCGAUUCUGGACUCGCGCGGCCACAAUAAAUGCAUCCCCAACGACUAUUUUGUCACCGAAGAGACCCGCUUUCAGAUCAUUACGGGCCAAAACAUGAGCGGCAAGAGCACAUAUAUACGGUCCAUCGCAAUGCUGCAAAUCAUGGCUCAAAUUGGCUGCUACAUUCCCGCCGAAUCUAACCAGUCGACCUUCUCGAUCGAGAUGCGAGAAAUGGCAUUCAUUCUCAGAAACGUCAACAACAAGAGUUUGGUGAUUGUCGACGAGCUGGGACGCUCCACCAGUACGCAAGAUGGGUUAGCCAUUGCAGCAGCUAUGUCCGAAGCACUUCUUCAGAGCAAUGCAACUGUGUACUUUGCUACGCAUUUUUCCGAGCUGGCCAAGGCGCUGGCGAUCAACAUUGGGGUCGUGAACCGCCACUUGAGAACAGUGACCGAAUACUCAGAGUCGGCUACCCAUGUUCCCGUCAUGAACAUGCUAUACCGCGUGGCCGAGGGACCUGAGCCAGAGGUGAGCUACGGCAUCGCUUUGGCUAAAGCAGUGGGCUUCCCAGCGACGUUUAUUGCCCAUGCCGAGAAAGUAGCCGCCGAGCUACGUGCGGAGGCACAGGCUAGCAAGCGUGACCGGCAAGAGAUGGAAGAGGCCAAGCGGCGCAAGCUCGUGGCGAAUCUCGUUCGACAACUAAAGCUUGCAUACGUGAGCGACGCCGGUGACGAAGAGCUCGCGGAGUAUCUGACGCAGAUCUACGACGACUUCUGUGCUAGGAUGAUUGGCUCAAUCGAUGACGAAGAUGCAAUCGUCGAGGAGGACGGUAACGAGAAUGAAUGCGACGACGACGGAGACGGAGAGCAUAAUGGGGCAGAGGAAAACAUGGCAAGAGUGGCCCGCAAGGGACAAUAUGCAGUCAGGAAACCCAGCGAUUUGGGCUUGUUUGGCGGCGGCACUGACGACGAUGUUGACGAUGUUGACGAUGUUGACGAUGACUACGAUGACUUAUACCGGCCGGGAAGCGCUGCCAACGCCAUUGUGAUUGAAGAUGACGAGGAAUUUGAUGAAGACCACAUGAGCGAUAUGGAGGACAUUGGGAACGACUCUGACGAAGAAAUGUACUAA